AACUGCCCUGCCUCCGCAUAUCCCACUAACCCGGUCAGCUGCGCUGUCAGAGACUCGAGAAACAACUUCCCUGUAAUAUAUGCCCUUACCCUGUAGGGCAAUGAGAACUUGUAGCAUCAUCUGGCUCGUCUGCCUGCUUUUGGAAGAAGCUUGGGCGUGGGGCUUUAAAGGCGGCAUUCUUCACAACUCCAUAUGGCUCGAACAAGCAGCUGGAGUGUACCACCGUGAGUCACGCAAGGGGAGGUACCAGCUGACCUACAAGGAAGCCAAAGCCGUUUGCGAGUUUGAAGGGGGUAAACUGGCAACAUAUGACCAGCUGGAGGCAGCCCGUAACAUAGGUCUCCAUGUGUGCUCAGCUGGCUGGUUUGACAAGGGGCGAGUUGGCUACCCCAUCGUUAAAGUGGGGGCCAGAUGUGGCUUUGGCAAAGUUGGCAUCAUUGACUAUGGUUACAGGCUGAACAAGAGUGAGCGGUGGGACGUCUAUUGUUAUAACCCCAAUGGGAAGCAGUGUGGAGGAAUUCUGACAGAGCAGCACAGACUUAUUAAUUCCCCUGGGUACCCAGAUGAGUAUGAGGAUGAGCAGAUCUGCUACUGGCACAUUCGCCUACGCUACGGACAGCGGGUGCAGCUGCGCUUCCUGGAAUUCGACGUGGAGGAUGACACUGCCUGCCUCUCUGACUACCUUGAGAUUUAUGACAGUUAUGAUGACGUCACUGGCUUUGUUGGGAGAUUCUGCGGUGAUGAUUUGCCAGAGGACUUUAUCAGUACAGGAAAUGUCAUCACACUGAAGUUUCUCUCCGACUCCUCUGUGACGGCUGGUGGAUUCCAGCUGGAAUACUUUGCGGUCGACUCACCUACAGACUCACCAGCAAUCAUCACCUCAAGUCCAACUUCGCUGAGCGAUGAAUGACGUCUUUAACAUAUUCAUCAGUCUUACCCUCUUACAUUAAUAAAAUGGCUUAAAUUUGUGUAAUAUCUGUAUUUAUAACUUUUUAUAUUCGUUCAUAAGAAAUAUAUGGUAUUAAAUGCAGUUCGUUUUCUAUU